GGGGGGGGCAUGUAUGUGUUAAGGGCGACGUUGGUUGGUUCUGGAGCGCGUGAGCUUUGUCGUGUCGUGGCUAUGGCGUCGUAGAAUGCCGGCGAUUCGCUGUCGUCGCGGGGGAAGCUCAAUAACGCCGCCGCCGCCGACGACGACGACGGCAAUUUAGCAGCAGCGUCUCCCUACAGUGCGGAAGUUUAGCCAGCUCGUCACUCCGCGCUUCUCAUUAUUUCUCGUGGUGUUGCUGUGCGUUUUCCUGGAUCGGGCGGGGGGUGGAAUAAUUGAGAUGGUGACGUUGGUCUGAUCCGACAUGGAAAGUUCAUGAUUGGUCUCGUUUCGCUGCUUGUGUGUGCCUCUCCUUGCGUUUUUUGACUCCAGCUUCCCUAUCUGUGAGGUAAUGUGGUCCAAUUCCAGCUUUGGAUGCUGUUGGAUUAUCGAUAUCCCAAUAAUGCACCGAGGCCUCAUCGGUGCUGGCAGUUGAAUAACCUUCCCUGCCGGUUUUGGGUUCCGUACAAUUAUCAGUAUCACUCAGCAAUCAUGGGUCUGUACGUCGUAAUCACACUUCGUUUGUACUCCUGUAUCGAGAAGUCAUCUUUCAGCGAGAGUCGAUAGCAGCAAAGUUGUUGGUCUUUAUAGCAUGACUUGCUGGUGCAGGUGUAGUGAAUACCUCUGGUGUGCAUCCGUGGGCGCGGGUUCUGUGAUUGUAUCUUACUCAGGCAUUAGCAUGUUUUAGUGAGAAUCGCGGCACUUCCUUCAAUUUAUCCGAAGGGGUGGUUGAGCGACUCAUGUUUCGGGUCCUUUCAGCCAUUUAAUCUGAAGGUGUUGGCGAUUCUUUGGCCUCUUCCAGCAGCCUUCAUUUCCAGAGAAUGUACAGCGAGGUACAGUCCUUGUAGUUCUCAUCAGUACAUACUCUCCCCUGUCGCAUCCUGUAAGCGGUACUGAGGUUUAACGUUGCGUUUUUCGAGGCUUUUAAUUUGCAAUUUCUAUUUACUUGGGCUGCUGUUUCUGUUGGUCAAAAUCUAUUUGGUCUACCAAUUUGUAGGCGUUGUGAGAUAGUUUCAGGAGCGUUUGGCAAUAUCUGGGUUAGGUCCUCCUUUGGACGACUCCGUACCUUCCUCUAAUGAUUUAGUACCUCUUUUGAGAAGCUUAUGCGUGCUUGAUGAUUCUCAACAUCUUCUUUGGUAGUAGUAAGUCACGUAGCAAGGGCGGUCGGUUUGCAAAAUUGUGGGUGCAAUCGCUGACGUACUUCGCAAUGUUUUGGUUUAUUGCAACUGAGAUCUUGUAAGCUUACCAUACCUUCUACAUGAAGGUACGAGUGACAAAAGCUCGAACCUUUUAACUUACCUUCGUUGGCCUUGAGUCAGACACUUGAUCGAUAAAAAUAAUAGUGGAGAGCGAACAAAUUUGAUUGCGAUCCGUUAGUAUUCUUUUACUGUAGGUUUCGGAGGCUGAGUUGAGAACGUUUGUGCCCUGGAUCUUUCCAGAUCGAAGGAUUCUGUCGUCAGAAUUGAUCAGUCAUUUCCAGCAUAUUUCCCUGUGAGUCUUUAGUGACCAUGAGUCUCUUUCGUGUGGAUUAGGGGAAGUGUUCGCUCUCACACUCAAAAUGAGAACCUCCUAGUUUAUACUAUGUUUGAGUAAGGCUCGGAUGAACACACUGCUUGUGCACACUGGUUGGGCUCCCUUGAUACUGGUCUACUCUUGGGACAAGGAAGGAGUUCAAUGAAAUAUUUACAAAGUUCAUGUGAGGGCCUUCCAUGCGGUAGUCAUGACAGUGCCCGAUAAACCUUCGGUUGGCCAAGGAUCCCAAUCUUAAUGCUCUACGAAACCUGGGUUGGAACUCGUGGUUGACUCCACCCCGUGCGUAGGCCUUUUAGUGGUGUUAGAAUUAUGAGAACAAUUUUUUCGACCAUGGAGAGGAAAUGGCGGAUACCUCUUUUCGCCAGCAUAUUUAUAUCAUUCGUACUAUUACUAGUUGCCGGAACGAGUCUGAGACCUCCGGCAGGCUCAUUUUUCAGUUUUCUGCAGAAAGAGGAGCCUUCCAUUUUUGUAGAGGAUAGUCUAGUUGGACAAUCCGUGGUCACCUUGCCUGCUCCUCCUCGACUUGCGUAUCUAAUCUCUGGGAAUAAAGGUGAUGGGAUGCGGAUUCGGAGGACAUUACAAGCUCUUUACCACCCGCGAAACUACUACGUGUUACACUUGGACCUUGAGGCCCCUCCUAAGGAGAGAGUUGAGUUAGCCAGAUACGUGCGCUCUGAUCCCGUUUUUCAACAAACCAAAAAUGUAAUUAUGAUUGUGAAAGCGAACUUAGUGACAUACCGAGGCCCUACGAUGGUUUCAACAACUCUACAUGGUGCCGCAAUACUGCUAAAGAAUUUCCAAGACUGGGAUUGGUUCAUCAACUUGAGUGCCUCUGAUUAUCCAUUGGCCACUCAAGAUGACAUUUUACACGUGUUUUCAUUUUUGCCGCGGGAUCUUAACUUCAUUGAGCACACUAGCAACAUUGGAUGGAAAGAGUUCCAAAGAGCAAAACCUAUUAUUAUCGACCCUGGAUUGCAUAUGAACAGGAAGAGUGACAUUUUCUGGGCUACUCAAAGACGGGCACUGCCAACAGCUUAUCGUCUGUUCACAGGAUCUGCAUGGGCGGUUCUAUCAAGGUCGUUUAUGGAAUUUACGAUCAUGGGUUGGGACAAUCUACCUCGAAUAUUGCUAAUGUAUUAUACUAAUUUUGUUUCGUCACCAGAGGGCUACUUUCACACUGUAAUCUGCAACAGCCAAGAGUUCAGAAAUACUACUGUGAACCAUGACCUUCACUACAUUGCAUGGGAUAAUCCUCCGAAGCAACAUCCUCUUGCUCUAAGUAUGAGAGAUUUCCAGAACAUGACUAGUAGUGGGGCUCCCUUUGCUAGGAAAUUUAAUAGGGAGGACCCCGUCCUGACAUUCAUCGACAAGCAAUUGCUGGGACGCUCUCCUGGGAAGUUCACUCCCGGAGGAUGGUGUAUAGGUGGAGUUGGCGAUGACCCAUGUACAAUGAUUGGGGACACCUCGGUCCUCAGACCGGGUCCUGGUGCUCGAAGGCUGCAGGGCUUGAUUGAGCGUCUAUUAGCGAAACCAAGAUUUCGCUCGGAGCAAUGUAUCUUGACAUAAAGCUAUCUGUCCUGGCACAUGAAUUGAGCCGGAGGUGCUUUACCAGUUUUUCUCAUCUGCAACGUAUGGUGAAGUUGGUGUUGAGCACCCUUGCUUUCGACGCAUAUGGGGAUUUGAGCAAUCAUUUUUUUAGUUAAUGAGUUCUCUUCCGCAUUCACGCGGAAUUCCAUCUAAUGAUCACUUGUAACAGUGGGGUUGUUCCUCCGUUAGACCGUUGCUUUUGUUGUACAAUGUUAGUGGAUGUGGGCUUGCAGCUUAAUGUAACAUUCCUUUUUGCGGUCUUCAGAGAAGACGUUAAUUAUCAUCCCUGUGUUUCUUAUCGAUUUGCAAUUUUGGUCAUCUCUGUCCAGAACUUAUUCAGAAGCUGCGGUACCGGUUUUUUUAGUUUUUGCGUAGUGUACUUCUCAUCUUAUGUUUGUGGUGGUUGUUUCUGCCUUGUGGAAUUGUUGUCUGUGGCCAGGAAACUAUGAUUGAGAGUUUCCCCAGAGAAAACAUGGCAAAUGUGAACAUCUGAACUGCCAUCACCAGUGUUAAUCGAUUAGCGGCAGUAAUGGACUUGCCUUUCGACGGGGCCAUAGGGGGGGGCCUCUUCAAAGCCGCAAUGCUUGCAGCAGCAACCGGAAUGUCAGGCCGAAAGCCUCGGUAUGAAUCGAGAUUUCGAGUAUGUUGGUUAAUUCUAAAUUCACCUCUUAGGUGAUAGCAGUUGUGCACAUCAUAUGUUUUACAGAUUGAAGGUUUGUUUUAUUUUGUGAAAGCCCUUUCACUCCACAUUUAUUAAUGAAGACAGAGUGCGCUUGUUUUGGGAUUCCAA